AAACGAAACACAUCGUCAUGUCUUGUACUGUUAUGUUCCUGCCAUACACUUCCACUGUAGAGCAGCGGAAUUACUGAUGGCCAGUUCCUCACAAGACUAAGCGACGGCGAUACUAUUCCCUCAGAGAUUUAAUUGACUUCCACAAUAUCUUUGCAAUGGAGCCAGAGGAGAAAAACCCAGAAUCUAAAUAUGGCGAGCCAAGGAAAUUUGACCCCACAUUUAAAGGCCCGAUUUAUAACAGGGGCUGCACAGACAUUCUCUGCUGUAUCCUGUUCAUCUUGGCCUUGCUGGGAUACUUUGCAGUUGGGAUUUUGGCAUGGUCUCAAGGGGACCCUCGGAAAGUGAUUUAUCCUACAGACAGCACCGGUCAGUUUUGUGGGCAGGCCGGCACCCCACUUGAGAAAAAGCCUCUGCUGUUCUACUUCAACAUCAUGAAGUGUGCAAGUCCUCUGGUCCUGCUGGAGUUUCAGUGUCCCACCACUCAGAUCUGUGUGGAGAAAUGUCCGGAUAAAUUUAUGACGUUAGUUAAUGCUUUAAAAAGCCAAAAUGAUAAAGCAUACUACGCCCAGUUCUGCAAGGAUGGGGUAGACAUGACCAAGAAUGCUCCUCUAAUCCUGAGCGAGGGCAUGUGUCCUUCAAUCCUCUUUCCUAGCAAGAACUUCACACGAAGAUGCUUGCCUGCUUUAGAGACAAUGAAAGGCGGUGUGGUUGUGAUUGGGAACGAAACUCAAUUCACUGUCGAUAAAGGAGAAGUUAUAAAUGCAACAGAGCUCCUUGAUGCAGCAAAGAAAUCCAAUGUAGUAGUCGAGGCCCGGGCAGUAGCCAUGAGGAUCUUUGAGGACUACACACAGUCCUGGCACUGGAUCCUUCUUGGUUUGGUGAUCGCUAUGCUGAUCAGUCUGAUUUUUAUUCUCCUCCUACGUUUUCUGGCUGGAGUCAUGGUCUGGGUUAUGAUUAUCAUGGUCAUCAUUGUUAUCGGAUACGGUAUUUUCCAUUGCUACAUGCAGUACGCCAGCCUAAAAGGACAGGCUGGUUCUGAUGUCACUAUCAAGGAUCUGGGUCUGCAGACGGACUUCUCUGUGUACUUACAGAUUCAGCAGACCUGGCUUGCCUUCAUGAUUAUCCUGUGUAUUGUGGAAGUGGUGAUCCUCCUCCUCCUCAUCUUCCUCAGGAAGAGGCUCCUCAUCGCUAUUGCUCUCAUCAAAGAGGCCAGCAAGGCCAUCGGUCAUGUGAUGUCAUCGCUGUUCUACCCACUGCUGACCUACGCCCUGAUGUCAUUGGUCAUCGCAUACUGGGCCAUCACCGCCGUGUUUUUGUCCACCUCCAAUGAGCCUAUAUAUAAGGUUUUCAAUACAAGUGAUUGUAUGUAUUCCAGGGACACCUGCAACCCUGCGACUUUCAACACCUCAAACGUCACCACUGAAUGUCCUGAUGCCGAGUGUCUGUUUGCUUUUUAUGGAGGAGAAACGUUAUACCACAAGUGGUUGAUUGUCUUCCAGUUCUACAAUUUAUUCCUCUUCUUCUGGUGUGUGAAUUUUGUGAUAGCGCUGGGUCAGGUCACACUGGCGGGGGCAUUUGCCUCUUAUUACUGGGCAUUCAAAAAGCCUGACGACAUGCCAGCUUUCCCUAUCUUCAACUCUUUGGGACGAGCCCUCAGGUAUCACACUGGCACUCUGGCAUUUGGCUCCCUCAUUCUUGCUAUCGUUCAAGUCAUCAGGGUCUUGCUGGAGUAUCUGGAUCAGAAGCUCAAAGGUGCCCAGAAUAAAUUUGCUAAAUUCCUGCUGAGCUGCCUGAAGUGCUGCUUCUGGUGUCUGGAGAAAUUCAUCAAGUUUAUAAACAGGAACGCCUACAUCAUGGUGGCAAUUUAUGGCAAAAAUUUCUGCACAUCUGCCAGGGAUGCAUUUUUCCUCCUGAUGAGGAACAUAAUCCGUGUGGCAGUUCUUGACAAAGUGACUGACUUCCUGUUAUUUUUGGGCAAACUCCUAAUCGUUGGUAUUGUGGGAAUUUGUUCCUUCUUCUUUUUCACUGGCAAGAUUAAGAUAGCGAAGGACGUCGCACCAGCCCUUAAUUACUACUGGGUGCCUAUAUUGACUGUGGUGUUUGGCUCCUAUCUGAUUGCUCAUGGCUUUUUUAGCGUUUAUGCCAUGUGUGUGGACACACUCUUCCUCUGUUUCUGCGAAGACCUGGAGAGAAAUGACGGCUCUUCCGACAAACCAUUUUUCAUGUCUCCUGAGCUGCACCAGAUUUUGUCUAUCGAAAAAAGCAUCGAAGAAACAGACCAUGCGGAGGUGCCCGUCAUACAGGUGCAAGCCGAAGAUGAAAUCCCUCUGCAGGAGAACGGAGAGGUGCAGCUCAAGGAACAGACCGUUUUGAAGCAGGAUCAAGAAGAAGAGACACCACUCAAUCAAGAGACGCACAUUGAAGAAGCUCCUCAAGAAACACAAGCUCCAGAAGCUCCCGCAGCCGCUGAGGAGAAACCUGAAGAGCAGGUGACAGCGCAAGAGCAUGAACCAACACAAGCAACGCCACAGCAAAAUGGACCACAAGAGGUUGACGCAGAAGAUAAAGAGGAGCCGGGUGCUCAAGCAGAACCACCACAGGUCGAGAACCUGCAAGAACCAGAACCAGAGGAACCCAAGCCUCAAGAAAACGGACCUCAGGAGAGCGAUACUCUGCUCACCCCUCAGGAGUAGCUGCGUAAGAAUGCUCAUUCAACGUUUCAGAGAUGCCUACUGAUUUGGGAAAUGGUGCACUUUGGUGGCUUUGGUAAGCCAUUAGUAUAUACUGAAAAGAACCUCCUUCAUUUGAGUCAUAAUGUUUACUCAAUCAUCUUUGAGAACUGUAAUAAUCACUUGUCAUAAUGAACGGCCUGACACUAAGUAAGAGAGAAGCAGGCUUGUACUGAAAGGUCUUGUGAAGUGCUUUGAAAUGCGUAUUUUUGUUCAGCGUUUGACGUAAUUUCAACUGAAAUAUGAAGACGGCAGGUAGCUCCUCCCCUAUUUAAAAGCAGCCAAUAGCGUUUUGUUUUUAUUACAGAUAGGCCAGUGAGAGGGGUUGAGCACAUCAAAUUAAAAGCAAAUGAGAAGCGUCUUGAAGGGGCGGGACAGAUGCUAGAGAGCAUUUGAUUGGUCAAAAUUUGAUGAAAAACUGACAACCCAGGCUUAUUGUGAAAAUGUAUCCCUGUAUACAUUUCUGGAGAUCGCGAAAUACGUCACAGGAGAAAUGUUUUUUGCAGAUUUGUUUGCUCAAAUCCACCAGAGGCCACUGUGUAUGCUUUUUUAGACCUCAAAUGUCCUUUGUGAGUGCCAUUCGCGCCUACUGUUCUCACGUAGAUCCACCAGAGGUCGCUGUUGACUGACUGACCGAAUGACUUACCCGACUCACGACUCACAAUUGACCCACCCACCCCCUUCCCUAAACCUAACCGAUAAUGUUUUCAAAAGCCCCAGUUCACCCGCCCACCCCCUUCC